GUGUUUGAUUCAAGCGUGUGUAAGUGUGACAAAGAUAUGGGCUGCCGACGCACAGUCAAAACAAAAAAACGUGUACUGAAGUCCAAAAAUUUUUUUUUCGCCUUUGACUCAAGGUUUCGUUCACAGUUAGAGGGAUGCAUAAUUCAUAUUUUGAUAACAUUAGUUGCAAUUAGGUGGCUUGUAAGUGGAAUUAUAGUGAAGUGACUGUUUGUCGCAACUUACGUUGAUAUUACAAGAAGUCCGUGGCAAAAGAAUAUAAUCUUGGGCCUACAUAUACAGGGUGUUUCAAAUUCGACCCUCACCAUUGGGAUCUCGGAAACCAUUAGAGGUACGAAGUCGGUUGUAUUGGGGCAAAUUUGCGUAUUUAGGUAAUCGACAAAAUGCCUCUUAGAAAGUACUUCCGGAGAGAGAAGGC